CUUAUUAGUACUCCUCACCACAAACUGGUUUAUCCUUCCUACAUUCUGAGCUCCGUAGUCGCUAGAUUCGUACAACACUCUCGAUCGCGCAUUAGUUUCCGACCGACGGCCUUGUGUGGCACAGAUCCAACUUCAUCUGCAUGAUGAAGCAUAGGUAUGGCUUUGCCAUUGUAGGACUUUGUUUGCUGCUCGAAAGGACGAACUGUGCGUUGCAGAAAGGAGCUAUCGAGCAGAAAAAAACGGCGAAUUAUUUGGUGAAGGAGAAUUCUGUAGCACGUGUAAGCCAAGUGGAAAUAAAUACUAAUUAUGAUCCUAAAAAAGCCACCACGGCGCUUGCCAGAAGACCGACAGUGCAGCAACCUAAAAUAUUAAUUAACGGACAACCAAUACAGAAUCUCCAGUCACUAGUGCAGCAGAUUAAACCCACCGCAGCACAGUCGAGUAAACGAGUUCAGCAAGUGCUAGUCAUACAACAGCCACAGCGUGUGGUUCAGCAAACCGUAGCAUCAGCUCCAAAGACUCAAAUUAUUAAGCUGCAGAAAAUAGUGCAGCAGGUCCAGCCCAGUAGGACAAGUGCUCCGCGGACUCAAAUCAUCAUACAACAGCCACAACGUGUACAGCAGGUUCAGCGAACCGGGACAAACGCCAAGAGCACCCAAAUCAUUAUACAGCAGCCCCAACGUGUGCAGCAGGUUCUGCGAACCGGUACAAACGCUCAACGCACUCAAAUCUACUUACAACAGGCCCAACCUGUGCAGCAGGUUCUGCGAACCGGGACAAACGCUCAACGCACUCAAAUCUACUUACAACAGCCCCAACGAGUGCAACAGAUUCAGCGAGUCGGGUCAAACACUCCGCGUACUCAAAUCAUCAUACAACAGCCCCAACGUGUGCAGCAGGUUCAGCGGGUCGGUGCUAACCCUCAGCAGACACGAGUCUACAUACAACAGCCCCAACGUGUGCAGCAGGUUCAGCGUAUCGGUUACCUUACAAGUGCACCACAAACUCAAGUAAUAAGGCUGUCGCAACAGGUUCAGCCGGCUUCAACGGCGAAAGUUCAACAAGCAUUUGUAAUCAGGCAACAACCACAGGUAAUACGCCAGCCUCAACAGCGCAUCGUAACAGCGCAAUAUGCGCCUGCUCAGUCGCAGAACAAGCGCGUGCUGGUCCAGUACCGUCAGGGGUGAAUCUCAGGUUCAAUACUAAUCUAGGCAUCGGUCAACGACGAUUUGUAGAAUAGGCCGAUGAAUUCGUUGAUCCUAUGUUCCCCAACACGUUUGGUAGCACCAACGUCGAUGCGAUCGCUAUUGCUUACAGGCAAGGCUAGGGAAAGGAUGCAUCGGCCACCAGCCACACCACCGCUUAUGGCAGUUCAGCGUCAGCACAAGGCGACUGUCUAAGGCUAUUGAUCUGCAUUCGUCUGGCUAAGGAAUUUCGAACUAACAAGACAAACAGCGUCCCGAACCUGUAAAAUUUCAUACAUUUUUCAUGUUCGAUGUCUUGUUCGAUUGGUGUCAGACCGCUGGGCCAGUUGCGAACGAAAUGUUACAGGGUUUUUCGUAUCAGUUUGCAAAGUGACAAUAUCAGCCACUUUCCCAAGCUUGAUCGAUACGGGGACGAUCGAAGUGGUUAUCAAAAAUGACAUAAAUAGGUGGUUUUCUUGCAAGAUUUUGCCAUAUUGUAGAGAUUACUGAGCAAGAUGAUCGUAAAAUAAAUUAAAGCAACCGUUGUACCCAACUAACUACAACUAUCGUUCCUCUUAUCGAUCGACUUUGGGGGAAGUGGCUGUAUCAUAACGACUGUGACAAAUUGCAUGACAAUAUUGUUUAAGUUUUUCUACUUAGUUUUUAAUACGCCACAACCUGAAUUCAGUUUGACAGCGCUUUGUGACAUGUUGAGGAACUGCUUAAUCAUUGUGAUGGAAAUAAAAUAAGGACGAGUUGCUGAAAAAACACCUUUUUAUUAUCCUGAAACAUGAACAUAAUAAGGCCAAAAUAAUCCAAAUCUAUAAAUAAAUAAAUAAAUAAAU